AUGGCGGGGAAUUCCAUCAAUCCUACAAUUGCAACACCGUCUUCAAACUCAACGAGACAAGCCCGUCGACUGUACAUUGGAAGCAUCCCACUAGGUAUCACCUCCGAAACCAUGGUGACAUUCUUCAACUCUGAACUUCAGACCCGCGGUUUGUGCCAAUCAGUUGGCGAACCAGUGGUGUGUGCACAAGUCAAUUCGGAGCGCCACUUUGCUUUCAUAGAAUUGAGGUCGGUUGAGGAGACUACUGCCACGUUGAGUUUGGAUGGGAUCAAUUGCCUUGGCAGCACACUUCGCAUCCGACGACCUCGUGACUACUUCCCUCCCGGCACCAAUCCCUCUGUUCACCCAGUCGGUCAUCUGAACGCCAACGCCAUCUUCCUUACGGGAAUUCCCACGAAUCUAUCGGAGCAAAAUCUGUGCCGCCUACUCUCCGCCUACGGGACACUCCGAUCUUUUAGCAUGCUGAGGGUGAGUCCCUUCGUAUUUUAA